GCCGGCGGGGGCCGACCCGGGACUCGGGAAGCGGGAGGCGGCUUUCCUCGCUGCCGAGCACUGCGUCCCGGUGAGCACCUCGGCAGCCGUUCGCGUGCGCGGAAUUGACGGGCCGGGAGUCUGGAAGGACCUAGAGGUAGCGCCCGUAGGUAGGGCCCAAACCUGUCCUGGUUGCUUGGAGAUUAGCAUCGGAACGCCCUUUUUAGACUUGGACAUGGCAUCCUCCAAGAAGGUUACCCUGUCCCUGCUCAGCCGGGAGCAGUCGGAAGGGGUCGGGGCGAGGGUCCGCAGAAGCAUCGGCAGACCCGAGUUGGAAAAUCUGGAUCCAUUUUUACUGUUUGAUGAGUUUAAAGGAGGUAGACCAGGUGGAUUUCCUGAUCACCCGCAUCGAGGUUUUGAGACAGUGUCUUAUCUCCUGGAGGGGGGCAGCAUGGCCCAUGAGGACUUCUGCGGACAUGUUGGUCAGAUGAACCCAGGAGACCUGCAGGUAUGGCCAAGGGCGAGGGGCUGCCGCGGGUUUAAUGGACUUCGGGUGUGCCUGCUUCCUCUCACACACUUCUAUCUGGGCGUCGACCCAGAGCCUCAGUGCAUCUGUCAGGUCAAGUCCAGGGACUCUGGAGCUGCCCUAGCUCCCGCCAUUCAGAACCUGGCAGUCGAAGGCGAGGAGAAGGCUGAGAAUGUGACUCUGGUCAGCAGCACUGCUCGGGGAAAGUCCAAGGUUUACACUCGCACACCGACCUUAUAUUUGGACUUCAAACUGGACCACGGAGCAAAGCAUUCACAGCCUAUUCCUAAAGGGUGGACAAGCUUCAUUUAUACCAUAUCUGGCAAUGUGUAUAUUGGGCCUGACGACGCACAACAAAAAAUAGAGCCUCAUCACACAGCGGUGCUGGGAGAGGGUGACAGUGUCCAGGUGCAGAACAGGGAUCCGGAAAGAAGCCACUUCAUCCUAAUUGCUGGGGAGCCAUUAGGAGAGCCCAUCGUCCAGCACGGUCCAUUUGUGAUGAACACCAAUGAAGAGAUUUUGCAGGCCAUCCUUGAUUUCAGAAAUGCAAAAAAUGGGUUUGAACGAGCCAAAACCUGGAAAUCAAAGAUUGGAAACUAGGAAACAACUUGAAAGCAGAUCCCAGGACUUUCUAGAAUUUUGCCGAUUGUGGCAUCUAUCCCAUUCCCAAAGCUGACUUAGCGCUUCUAAAGAAUUGCACACUAAAGUGAUAAACAUGGUUUUUGUAGCAUGCACAUGAGAUAGUUGCUGGUACAUGCAAAUAAACCUAAUUGUUGCAUCUUUAAAAA